AUGGCGAGGAAGCUAAGAGCGGCUGCGCAAGCAGCUGCUAAAUCAAUGAAAAAUCUACCCCCUCCGCUUCCCGAGGCAUCGGACGAGGAAAUGGUAGACGUGCCCCCAUCGCGCGAAUCAUCCCCCGUCGAAGACCCCGGCGAUCCAUCUGAUAAAGACUCCGACGCGGAGCCCGAGCCCCAACCACCCCAGGAGGAAGAGGAAGCACCCGUUGCAGCAGAGACGCCAACGCAAGAAUCGACAGUGCAAGAGUCCAAUCCCCCGUCGCAAGCCGACACACCUACACACAAUCCCGGCCGGAUCUCCGCCAUCCCCCGCAAGCGUCGGCCAGGUCGUCCGCCCAAGAAUCGCCCGCCAGACUGGGAUGCGCCGGAUGGGAGUGCGCCGCCGCCGGCCCACUCGGGCACGCCUGCGAAGCGGCGACGAGGUCGUCCGGCGGCGAGUGGCGGGCGAUGGGCGCGCAAUCGGGGCCCGUCGCAUGUCACGCAGGUGCCGAUCGACAAGGAAGGGAACAUGAUGGAUGUGAUCGACGACGAGGUGGCGCUGCCGCCUGACCUGGAGGGCGAUACCAAGGUCGACAAGAAUGGCGUGCUCAAGGACGGUAGGGAGUAUAGGGUCCGGACAUUCACGAUUCUCAACCGUGGCGAGAGACUUUACAUGCUGUCGACGGAGCCAGCCCGGUGCAUUGGGUUCAGGGAUUCGUAUCUGUUCUUCCAGAAGCACAAGCUCCUGUUCAAGAUCAUCAUCGACGAUGAGGCGAAGCGAGAUCUCAUCGAGCGGGACAUCAUCCCUCAUUCUUAUAAAGGCCGUGCUAUCGGUGUUGUGACUGCUCGAUCGGUGUUCAGAGAAUUCGGCGCCAAGAUCAUCGUCGGAGGACGGAAAAUCCUCGACGACUACAACGUCCAGGCUGCCAGGGAACGGGGCGAUGUCGAAGGCGAACUAGCGGUCCCCGAAGAUAGACUACCGGCGCCAGGGGAGCCGUACAAUAAGAACCAGUAUGUGGCGUGGCAUGGAGCCAGCAGUGUCUAUCACACCAACGCCCCGUCCUUGCCGCUCCCCACCGGAAAGGUGAUCGACUCCAAGAAGCGCAAGGUGACUGUUACGGGUGAUAAUUGGAUGCUGGAGCAUGCUCGGGAGGCCAGCACUUUUAAUUCAGUCAUCCUCAACGCGCGACGCGCGAAUCUGGAUGGUAUAUACGACAUCCACACCAACGCGAUUCAUUACCCCAAGGUCAUGCAGCCAUCCCAUGCCCGCUGGGAACGCGUUCCCCCGCCGGAUCCUCGCAUCGCCGCCCGACUCGCCAAGGGCCUGUCAACCCUCAGCCUGACCAACGGAACAGACGAGGCCGAAGCCCCGCCCCAGGCCGAAGAAGAGCAGGCCCGCGGUGAAGCCGCAGAGCCCAGCACCGAGGACCCCACCAUCGAACCAGCGGAGUCCAUCUUCUCCGCCAUCCCCGCCGGGCUCUCCCGCCGCUUCGCCAUCCACGACACCGUCUUCGAAACACCCCCCUACUCCAACAUGGGCAUCCCCGGCCCGGACGGCGACGUCUACGACCUCGGCGCCAACGGCCUCAUCAGCGCCGCCAACUCGCAGCACCCAGAGUUCGUGAGCCCGGAGAUCCUCGCCGAGCUGCCGCCCGAGUGCAAGGACGCGCUCGUCGAGGCCGCCGCGCGCGAAUGGGAGUGGAAAUCGCAAUGGCACAGCGAGGCCGUCGACGGAUCCCGUACCACGCCGCUGAAGAGCUAUGCGUGGUUCCCGUAG